AUGUCAGUUACUGAACUGACAACUGACAUCUUAUUUAAUUAUCUAACUGAAUCCACUAGAAAUAGGGUUUCGUGUUUGUGUAUUAUUUACCGUCUUGAUAUACAUAGUAUUUUAGGCUCGGAAAUAUUGGACAAUGAGUUGAAUAUUAAUGACAUCCUGCGGAAUGAUUUGAUGCCUACAUUCUUCAUGACUAGCGGAGAUAAUCAAGAUCUAAAUCGUAAUAUUAGUGAAACCAAAUUACAAGACGCAGCUGUAAAUGGAUCAAUAGAUGCUGCGCUAUCAACGCUCUCUUUUCACAGACAAAUGAUGAACGAGUAUCACUGCCGUAAUUAUGUUGCUGAGCAGAUAUUGGAAGAGAUGGGCAAAAACGUGUUACAGAGUCGACUUGGUAAACCUUUCGCUACAGAUAUAAAAGACACCGCAUCAAUAAUUAAACACUCUCAAGAUCUCAGAAAUAACUUAAUAUAUGACAUUGGUUCAGCUAACUAUCAGGAAUGGUUAACCAAAGUAGCAGCUUUGAAUAAUGAAUAUCGUCAUAAUAAUACAAUAAUGUCCCAUAACUCAUUUGGGAACAAUUCAGAACUGUUGUCCACAUUCUCAAAUCCUCAACUUUAUAAUUCCCAAUCUCGGGAGGGUUAUGAAGUAUUUGAAGCUAGUGAAGGAACAACUUAUAUUGAUCCAGCAGAGACACCACUUCAUGAAGUAUCCAAAUAUAGUGGUGGCUACGAAUACUCUAUGCCUCCUCCACCACCGCCCAUCUAUCACCACCCGCCUUCUCAAGUACACGUAGAGGAAGUAAGUGAAGAACGACAAAAACACGGGCUUGGAAUAUCUGAUCUCUUUGAUAUUGCAUUAACUGGAAUUGCAUUCUUAUCUUUCGCAAUGUUCGUACUUCAAGUGCUUAUGUGUAUUACUAUGAAUCCAGAACAACCACAAAUUAUGCAGAUGGUGGACAAUAGCGGGGAUUCUUUAAACAUGGAAGAAAUCUUCCGAUUCAAACGUGACAGUGAUACUAAUGAGAAUCCUAGACAGAAUAAUGUAUCUGCUGUAAACUCUUUAGCCCGAUAUGCACUUCUAGUUCUCAGGCCUCGAUCAACGCCGUGUCUUUACAGAGCUUUGUGUUUGGGAAACAAGCGGGCAAGAGAUCUUCGAGACAAUAGCCGAUACUGGCUACCUGUUUGGUAUGCCGGUGUGGCGUGGAUUCGAGGUGGGGCGCUGGGUGCACUUCGAGCCUCUGUGUUGGGGUUGGGCGGUGCUGAAUGCGAUGCGAUUUAUCCGGUUGCACACUGCCAGUAA